GUGCUGUAUUUGGAUUUUAUAUGAGUUUUCUAUUAGAAAUUGCAAUCAGAAAAGCAUUUAUAAACCAUAGAUCUUGUAUUGAAUCGACAUUUAAGUUGGACUUAGAGCGCGAACAACAGGAACAGCUGUUAAACUCUUGUUUUCCCAAACAUUUGAUUGAUGACGUCCGCAAUGACAUCCGGACAACCAUUUCUCAAAUUGCAAGACAAGAGUUAAUACCAAUGAGACCUUUCAAUAAACUUUAUGUAAAGAAAUAUGAAAAUGUGUCCAUACUUUAUGCCGAUAUCGUCAACUCAAUGAUAUUGACGGCAUCUCUUAGUGCUAAUGAUUUGGUUGAAACACUUAAUGAACUUUUUGGAAGAUUUGAUGAAAGCGCUGAACGAAAUCAUUGUUUAAGAAUUAAACUUUUAGGUGAUUGCUAUUAUUGUGUAUCAGGACUUCCAGAUUAUGAUCCAAAUCAUGCCAUCAAUUGUGUCCAAAUGGGUCUCGAAAUGAUCAGAAUAAUUAGAACAAUACGUGAUAUCAAAGAAAUUGAUAUUGAUAUGAGAAUAGGAGUUCACUCGGGAAUGGUAUUGUCGGGAAUCAUGGGUCUUCAUAAAUGGCAAUAUGAUAUCUGGUCACUGGAUAGUGUCAUCGCAUCAUCCAUGGAGCACAACGGAGUUCCCGGAUUUGUUCACAUCACUCAAACCACACUCGAUCUCAUCUCUGUCAGACAAAGAGAUGAUUUUAUUAUUAAAGAGAAAUUAACUGAUGGAGAGAUUGGAUAUUUAAUCUCUAAAAAGGAUGUAAUAUCACAUAAUCGGACAAAUUCUGGUUCUCCUAAUAGUAAAAGAAAAAGACAAACCGAUAAUCUUAAGGCACAAAUUAAUAAACUUAGAAGACGUUCAUAUGAGCCGACACAUACUCGUUUGCCGACUACUAUUUUAGAAUCCAGUUUAAUCAGAUAUAGAGAAAUGAUUAAUUCAGUUAAUAAAUUUAUGGAUUCAGCCAUUGAAGGAAUGCCAUUAAAUAUGAAAAGCCAAUGGUGUCGACCACAAGAUAUUCAUCCAUUUUUCUUAAAUUUUACGUCUGGUUUAGUGGGAAACAAAUCGGUGUAUGAAAAGAAAAAGUCAACAAUUAUUAAAACAGAGAAAGUGUUUGCCCAACAAAGUGACCAAUUUUUUAGUGUCUAUCUAUUGUGUGCCGGAUGGCUGUGCUUAACAAUGAUGGCCAUCAAGUUUAUUAUCCCACAUACAAGUGUCAACUCAGAGCAUAAAUAUUGUUUUGUAUUUACACUUAUAGUGAUAGUUGUAUCGUUAGUUUAUACUUUUUACAGAUCACAUCAGUUACCAAUUUUAUUAAGAAUUGGUAUUUGGUUUUUAAUAUCGUCAUCGCUAUUAAUUAACGCAGUUCUUGACAUUAUAAUUAGACAUUGUGAUCGACAUCUAAACGAAACUGACGUGACUUUUGAUGAAUUAAUUAAAUUAGAGAGUUGUGCCUAUUCUUGGGACUAUACAAUGUGUGUGAUUCUUGCGAUGACUGGCGUCAGUCUAUUCUUAAGAAUUCAUUUAUGGCUAAAAUUCUUAAUGCAUUGUUUGGGAGUCAUUAUAUUUAUCAUAAUUUUCUACAAUAAAUGCUCGAUAUAUCAGAUAUUAAUUGUAAGAUCUGAAGAAGAAAAUUUAUGGAUAAGCAGUAUAGGGUUUGAUCCAUUGGUUGGACACAUCUAUUAUGUAAUUAUGGUUGCAGUGCUUCUUCAUGUAAUUGACAGACAAAUUGAGUAUAUAUUUCGGUUGGACUUUAAGUGGACUAAUAGACUGGUCGAUGAAAAAAUAGAAAUGCAAACAAUGGGAGAAAUCAAUAGAAUAUUAUUAGAGAAUAUAUUACCCAUUCAUGUGGCGCAACGGUAUCUCUACAACAGCUCCGUAUCGGCCGAUCAGCUCUACUCCGAGUCAUACGAUUCGUGUGCCGUUAUGUUUGCAUCGAUUCCUAAUUAUUCACAAUUUUAUUCAGAAAACUAUGAAUCCGGUCUCAAAUGUCUUCAAUUACUUAAUGAAAUUAUACUUAACUUCGACCAAAUGUUAUCUCAUGUUAACUUUCAAAGAGUUGAAAAAAUUAAGACAAUUGGCAGCACAUAUAUGGCUGCCACUGGUCUACAACCCGGAAGGGGAUCCAAUGAAAGUGAGAUCAGUAUUGAAGACGUUAGAAAUAAUGUCAUAACUUUGGUUCGCUUUUCUACUGCUUUAAUGGAAACAUUGAAGAAAUUAAAUAAAGACGCUCUUCAAGACUUUAUGCUAAGAGUUGGUAUAGCUGUAGGUCCUCUCAUAGCUGGUGUGGUCGGAGCUGCUAAGCCUCAGUACGAUAUUUGGGGCGAUACUGUAAACGUUUCCUCAAGAAUGGAAAGCACUGGUAUUAUGGGUCGCAUACAAGUGACAGAAGAAGCGGCUAAUGUUUUAAUUGAAUGUCAAAACAACAGUGAAUUUGUUUUAGAAGAGAGAGGAAUGGUUUUUGUCAAAGGAAAGGGAGAUCUCAACACUUUUUUAGUUAAAACUCAGUUUGAUUUCGAUGAACACGAAAUUACUAGAGUUUAACAACUAUUAUCUGUUUUUAUGUAUAAUAACUGAUUCAUUAAUAUUCAGUUAAAACAUUAAUUAC